UUUGUUUUUUUUGAACUCCCGGGGAUGUGUUGUCGGUGAAGGAGCCGCCGCCAACUCCACGAAGCUUCCACACAAUUCGCUGAAGAAACAAAAACCCUGAGUUAAAAGUGAAUUGUCCGUGAAGCGUCUUCGAACCUCCGGCAGGAUGGAGGCGUGUAUGAUGACGACAGAAGUCAAAAAGAAACCAAAGCCGCCGAAACCUGCUCCGAAGCCUGCCGGGAUUAAGACAAGUGACCCGGAGAAGCCGACUCCUCUGGUGCCGCCGCGACCUUCAGACGCCGAACGGACUCAGACACAGUACAGAGUGAAAAGAGCAGCAGCCACAAUCAAUGAGGACAAAGGAAACAAAGAGAAUCCGUCUGAAACUCCUGUGAUUCCACCUCGACCCACGGAAAAGGAACUGGAUGCAACAAGCAGACACAGCCAGCGCUGGCGGGUACACACUGAGGACACAAAGAAGUCCAGACAAAGUGACAAACCGGAAGCUGCCGGAGAUUCCAAAGAUGAAGCGGAUUUCAAACAGAGCAAUCAGUCGGUCCUGACCGGAAUGUUUCGCCGGAGCCAAAAGGAGAAGACGCCAACGUUCACCGCGUACGCGUUCCACGACUGUGAGGAAGAGGAUAGAACUGCCGACGCUCCAGCCAAACAGGCUGCUGGCAGCAAACCGGCGGGUCUGAAGGGGGUGAUGAAAGGUUUGCAGUUCAAGUCGUCACCGAAGGGCAGCAGAGAUCCGAGUCCAGUUCCCAGCACAGAGGACGGAGUCGCAGACAAGGAACAAUCCACCGAAAACGAAAAAAACAAGCCGGAAAAAAACCCAGAACCCAAACGGGACAAAGGAAAUCUGCUCACCGGGAUGUUCCGGAAAACACCCAAAGAGAGAUUAUCUCCUGCACUAACGGUCAGCAAAGCGGACAGUGACCGCGAAGAUGCAGAGGUGGAGGAGAAAACAUCUGCACUGUCCCAGGAGAGGGGAGGCCUCUUCGCUGGCCUCUUUAAAAAACCCGACAAACCGGCGGAUGAGACGCCUCCGCAGGAGAGUCUGGGCGCGCAGAGCAAGCUGUCGGCGAGCAGCGACAGUCUGUCUGAAAACGGCAACAAGGAAAAGGGAGGAAUAUUCAGCGCGAUGUUCAAGAAAACUCCGAAAGCAGCAGAUGCUGCUCAGGCUGACGAGGACCAACGGUCUCUACGCGAUGACGCGUCGGGCAGCAAUGAAAAUCUGACUGAAAGCUCGAAGGACAAAGGAGGAUUUUUCGGCGGGAUUCGCCGCAAGUCUCCCAAGGUCCCUGUGGAGGGGCCACCUGGGCAGGAUAAAGAGUCGCUGCAGAUGGAGCUGGCAGCCAGCACAGAGAGUCUGUCCGAGAGCAAAGACAAAGAGAAAGGAGGCGUUUUCAGUGGGAUGUUCAAGAAAUCUCCCAAAAUGUCCGAAGGCCCACGACUGGAGGAGGCCGCGGAGCCGCUGCACGGCGAACUCUCUGCCAGCACCGACAGCCUGUCGGACAACAAGGAGAAAGCUGGUCUGUUCAGCGGGCUCCUCAGAAAGACUCCGAGAACAACCGGAGAGGAGAACCUGUCGGCACAUAAAGAUCUGUCGGCGAGCAACGACAGUCUGUCGGAGGCGGCCCACGCCAAGGAAAAGGGAGGUGCGUUCAGUGGAAUGUUCAAGAAGCCGUCCAAACCUGCAGACGAGAAACUGCUUCAAGGCGGCGAGCUGUCCGCCAGCCGCGAAGGUCUGUCUGAGAACAGCACCAAGGAAAAAGGCGGAAUAUUUGGUGGAAUAUUCAAAAAGGCGGCGAAAGCUAUGGACGCUUCUGAAUCUGAGGAGGAUGAAAGUCCCGAUCAUGAGCUCUCAGGCAGCAGUGAACAUCUAUCGGAGAGCAAACAGAAAGAGGAGAAAGGUGCAGGUGUGUUCAGCGGACUCCUCAGAAAGACGCCCAGAGCGUCAGGAGAGAAGACGGAGUCGCCGGAUAGAGACUCGCUGCAGACGGAGCUGGCAGCCAGCAACGAGAGUCUGUCUGAGAUCAGAGAAAAGGAGAAAGGUGCAGGUGUGUUCAGCGGACUCCUCAGAAAGACGCCCAGAGCGUCAGGAGAGAAGACGGAGUCGCCGGAAAGCGAGGCCCAGGACGAGCUGUCGACCAGCAGCGACGACCUGUCGGAGAACAACGCCACCAAGGAGAAAAGCAUUUUCAGCAACAUGUUCAAGAAGCCGCAGAAGCCAGCGGAGCGCGCAGCGGAGAAGGAGCAGGAGAGGAACAAAGAAAAACAGUUGUCGGGGAGCUGUGAGAAUCUGACUGACACCACCGUCCUGAAGGAGAAAAAGGGAGGCCUGGCCGGCAUCUUCAAAAGAUCAUCCAGCAUCGACAACCUGUUUGACGAGGAGAAAGGCGGUCUCUUCAGUGGACUUCUUCCCAAGAAACCUCCCAAAGCGACUGGAGAUGAAGCUGCUGCAGACGACAAAGAGGAGCAGAAGGAGCUGUCGGCGAGUACCGACAGUCUGUCCGAAAACACCAACACCAAGGAGAAGAGUAUUUUCAGUGGGAUGUUUAAGAAGAAACCAGCAGAGGGAACAGCAGAUGAGGAAUCGAACACAGGCGAGGAGAAGAAAAUAUCUGCCAGUUGCGAAAAUCUGUUGGAGGCAAACACAUCGAAGGAGAAGACUGGAGGACUCGCAGGGAUCUUCAAGAAGUCUCCCAAACCGGCUCCGCGCUCCGUCGCUACUAAGGAUCCACUCAAUUGCUCAGAGGAACUGUCCUCCAGCAGGGACAGUCUGGCCGACGCUGCUGAGUCAGCACACGGAGAAUCUUCCGCCAGUACUGAGAAUCUUCUUGAAGCUACAAACGCCCCGAAGGAGACAAAAGGAGGAUUUGCCGGCAUGUUCAGGAGGACGCCCAGAACUGUGGUACCACAGGAGAGCGUGGACGUGGAGGCGCCAGAGGGAGGAGGGCUGAGACGCAGGAGGACGAUCAAGAAGAAAAGACGAGUUGUGUCGUUCCGAAUCAAGAAAACUCUUCCCAAAAUACCCAGGACCACUCAGUUCGCAGAUGAGAUGUCUCUCAUCGAGGAGGCUGUGGAGAUGCAGGAGCUGAACCCGGCACAGGAGAGCACAGUGGAGGUCCAGCCUGUGGAGAUGGCCACGUACCCGACAGAAGACGACCCUCUCCAGCCUGAGGAGACUGAUGAGCUGAUAGAGUGGUGGAACACGGUGAAAGGUUGGACAGAAUGGAACGAGACGUCCAAUUUCCAGCAGGAAGACGAGCAAAUGGCCCUGGAGCAGGCGGCUGACCGUGUCUACAUGGCAGCUCGCCUCUUCGUGCGCCUGUUCAACCAGCGGGGGGCGUCGCUGCAGCAACGCAUCCUGGAGCUCCUGGCCCUGGCCGACGCCUCGGAUCAGUUCCACAAGCGAACGGUGACGGCCGCCGUGGGCGGCGGGGUGGCCAGCGUCGCGGGUAGCUUGGCCACGAUCACGGGGCUCAUCCUGGCACCUUUCACCUUCGGUGCCUCCAUCAUCGUCACGGCCGUGGGGAUCGGCGUGGCGACGGCGGGCAGCAUCGCCUCGGCGACGGCCAACAUCACGGACACCGUUCACUCGAACAUGGACCGGAAGAAGCUGGAGAAGAUGAUCCAGGACUACCAGGACGAGAUCAAGGACAUCAGAGAGUGCAUGGAGUUCGUGCAGGAAGGAAUGGACACCCUGCAGGAGUGGGACUUUGAGAAAUAUUCUCAGAGUGCUGCCAGAAAGGCCAUGAACCACAACAUCAAACAUGUGAUGAAGGAGGGCGGCCGCGCCGGCAAAGCGCUGAUGAUCAACACCGACAAGCUCAUCAGCACCGUGCAGGUUCUGGGCGCCGCAGGCGGCGCCGCCAAAGCUGCCCAGGCCAUCAGCGUCACCACGGGGGUCAUGUCGGCCCUCUUCCUGGCCCUGGAUGUUUUCUUCCUCGCCAAGGACUCCCACGAGCUCCGCAAAGGCGCCAAAACCAAAUUCGCCGCCAAGAUCAGAGACGUUUGCAAAGACCUUCAAGGCGGUCUCCUGGAGCUGAACAAGAUCAAGACGCAGCUGCAGAAAACCAUGGACGGCAUCGAGCUGGAGGAGUACGAGGAGAUCGAGGAGAUCGAGGUGGAGGUCGAAGACAACUUUGAGUCGGAUCCCAAGAAGCUGGCCGAGCUGGACCAGGAGCUGGACCUGCUGGAGGAGAAACUGGACAAGAAGAUUGAGGAGGAGCAGAGGAAGAACAAAGAGCUGGAGAAGGAAACUCUGAAAAGUAAGGAGAAAAAGGAAAAGGGAGAUGAAGAGAAAAAGGACAACAAGGAGGAGGAGGAGGAGGAGACAAGAGAAGAUGAUGGAAAGAAGGAAAGUAAAACGGAAGAAGAAAGCAAAUCUGAAUCCAAAUUGGUGAAGCCACCAGAUCAGGACAAAGAGCAGGGAAAUGAGAACAUGGUCAAAGCUGCUAAAGAGGAAGUUUUAAAAGAAUCUCAAUCUCAGAAAGGAAGCAAAAGAGACAAAGAAACCGAGAACAGAAUAACAGCUGUAAAAGAGAAAUAUGAGAGCAAGCAGGACAAGGCAAAAGCAGAUGCUGGUGCGAAUAAAAAGACGGAGGAAAAACAGAAAAGGGCGGACGUGAGAGAACGGGAGGGGGCUGAGAGUAAAUCGGGUGAUUCGAAGCGAGAAGACUUGAGUGGAAACCCCAGUUUAGAGAGGGUGAAAUCUGAGAGAGAAGGUCAGAGGAGCCAGAGCGGCAGAGCGCAUGAAAGAGGGAUAAGGCACGAAUGGAAACCGGUGAAUAGAGAGAAAGAGGAGGAAAGUGGGAGCGUGGGGAGGCACAGCAGCAGAAGCAACCGAGACGGAGAAGGGGGGAGUGAACACAGAACGGACAAGGAGAGACUCGCCAGAAAGGAAAGUGACAGGACGGAGCGACGGAGGAGGACAGAGGAGGAGGAGGAGGAGGAGCGAGGAGCAAAAGACUGGAGAGCCCAGGCGAGCAGAGGAGAGAGGAGAGAAAGUAAAGAAGCGAGGGAUCAACCGCGAGAGACGGAGAGAUGGACAAAACGAGAAGACGGCGGGAAAAGCGCCGCGAGGAAAGAGUCGCAUCGAAGUCACGAAGCGGCGGCGGCGGCGAGGGAAAGGGAGGAGUCGGCGUCGCAGAGGAGUCGCCACGGAGGAGAGCGUGACGAGAAACGAAGGAGCAGGGUGGAGAGCGCCAGGAGGCAGUUUGAGAGAGCGGGAGGCGAGGAGGGGGAGGAGGAGGAGGAGAGGAGGAAGAGCAGGGAGGAGUCGGCGUCGCAGAGGAGUCGCCACGGAGGAGAGCGUGACGAGAAACGAGGGAGCAGGGUGGAGAGCGCCAGGAGGCAGUUUGAGAGAGCGGGAGGCGACGGGGAGGAGGAGGAGGAGAGGAGGAAGAGCAGGGAGGAUGGAGAGGGUCGGAGGAGGGAGGGACAAAGGAGAGGAAGCGACAGAGACAGAAGGCAUGAGUGCAGCCGUCUGGGAUCUCGAGCUCUGCAGGAGGACGGACUCAAUAUCUAGUUUCGAUCGAUAACGACAAUCCACACUUUCUAUUUAUUGCGAUACGCCAUCGCAACGACGAGACCAAGAUCAGCAACGUGAGCUGUUAUUUAUUCCUUUACAGAGUGAUUACAACAUGAAGACCUAGAAAUUAUAGCCUCAAAUUAGACACAGUGCAAUAAAAUAAAACUGAACCGAGUGAAAUAUAAGGAAAAUAACAUCAAUAAAACAAACGAUAAAAACAACAAAAGCCUUAAAAAAAUUAAUGUCAAGAGAGAGUUCACCUGAAAGACACAAAAGUUGAUUGGGAUGUUGUUGUCGCUGCUCAAAACUUUAUUUAAAAUAAAAGUGUUAAGAGCAAGAACUUUCUUUCUACGGCACAAAAAGCCCCGGUUGAAUAUUGUUGAUAGUUUUUGUACGUAUGAAUUAAUGGGUUCAAUGUGUGCCAUGUAUUGGAUGAGGAAAGAGACGCUGCUGUUUUUACACUAAUACAAUGUUAUUAUGUUAUUAUUUGCUCUUGAAGAAGAAACAGAAAUCUUAAACAUCCUGGUCGACUAAAACCAAAAUGAACUGCCUGGCCCUUAAAAGCAUCUAUAUGCAGAAUUGUAUGAUAUCAGUGUAUCUUUUAGAUAUUCUAAAAAUGUUGUCAAAGGUCAGACAUUUUCAAAUCUUUUAAAGGAUUUGAACAUUUGUCUUUUGUUUGUUUUCUUCUUCUUUUUUUUUUACCAAAAAAAGGCUGAACCUCUCGUUGCGUUGCCCCCCCCCCCCCCCCGCAUCUGUAAUAAAAAUCUGUACAGUAGAUUAGUUAAGAUAAAAUUCUGACUUGAAAUUAUAUAAAUGCUACGAGUGUUUUGUUUAUGGCUGAUGAAAAUGAUUCACUGAUGUUGUGCCAGAGGAAACACCUUUUUAAAAAUGUGUAUAUUUAAUAUUUCUGAUGCACAGUGGGAGAUUUGCACUUUGACCAGGCUCCGCCUCCUUCACGCUCGUGCUUUCAGCCAUCUUGACCACUCGUUGUCCGUUUACACUACUGAUGUUUUAUAUCUUCCCUGUGUAUCUUUCUUUCUUUUUUAAUGGGUAAACAUUAUUUUCUACGGUGUUGGUUUCUUAUCGAAUAAAUAAGCUAUGAGAGUUUACUGAAAA